GCUUGACUUACACGUUAGUUGCUUUUUCCCUCUGCUCUCUCUCUAUUUGUGCACCUGAUCCGGCACCCAUCCUCCAGUCAGCAACAUGUCCGCACCCAAUUCCGAGAACUCCUCAACCCUGGAGAACGCCAUGCAGCUGAUGAUCCAGACCUUCCACAAGUAUUCCGGCAACGAGGGUGAUAAAUACACGCUGAGCAAGGCCGAGCUCAAGGAGAUGCUCACAAAGGAACUGGGACACUACCUCGGGAACGCCCAAGAUAAGGAGGCGGUGGAUAAGGUCAUGUGCGACCUAGACGCCAAUGGGGAUGGCGAGGUGGAUUUCACCGAGUUCAUCAUUCUGGUGGGCGCCCUCACCGUGGCCUGCAAUGACUUCUUCUUGGAGUUUAACGAAAAGCCGACGAAGAAGAAGUGAAUUCCGUCCCUUUCUGGGGAGGAAAAAGAAGUAGACACACGCAUAGAUGUGUAAUAGUGAUUCGAGUGGCACGGUUUGUGUCUUUAAUGUUCCUUUUAUGUUUAUAUCCAUCUCUUGUUUCUUUUCAUGUAUUUUGUAACACAUUCAAGCCAUGGAAGCUACCCCCGGAAGGAAUAAAUGUGAUAUUUGCCCAACUCGCCCGUUUGUCAUCUGUUAAGCUGGAAUUGCCGCUAGAUGGCAGUAUGUGGCCUAGAAUGGUGGACUGUACGUCCAAGGUUUUCACACACUUUCUCAUUCCUUUGCAUCAGACAGUGUUGCCACACUUUUGAAUUGCAUUAAUAAAUCAACUUUUAUUGUAUCGAAACCUGUGUAAAAGAAAUCCACAUUCCCAGAACAACCGAGUGACCUCGGAUGUGCCGUACACCCAUGAUUGUUUCAAAUUCAGUGAAAAAAUACUGUGUGCGUGAGAGGCAAAGUAUGACAAAGGAAGCAGAA